AUGAAGAAGAAACUAUUUUUUUUAUUAGUUAUUUUGAAAGCAUUGCUUUUAUCUAAUGUGACCUCUCUCUAAAAAAGCAUAAGUUACUAAAAAUUAGAUAAAGAAUUCAAUCCUUCAUAAUGCUAAUCAAUAAUCACGAAUCUUAAAGCCAACUAAAUUGAAAAUGUUUGUGUUACUAAUGAAAUACUAUUGCAAGUUCCUCUAGAUCAAUAAGAAUCUUUUAAUUUAUUUAAAGUGGGAUUAGGUAAACCAGAGAAACUUUAAUUUGAAAUUUAAGAUAUUUCUGAUAUGUUAAGUUAAGCAUCAGAAUGGAGCAUGAAAGGAAUAUAUAAAGAAUUUGAAGAAGAAAAUAAAUAGAGACUAAGAUUUUUAUCAAACUCUGCAGAAUAUCAAAAAGAAAAUGGAGAACUAUCAAAUAGACUUAAGCUAAUUAAAAUAGUUUAGCUUCAUAAAUUUAUUGUUUUUGACAGUAUAUCCUAAUCGUCAUAUAUUUCAAAUAGGAAGCUCGAUAUUUUUAAUUUAAUUAAUUAAAUUUAAAAGUGUAAAUAGUUCACUUAUCUUUAAGUAUAAGAUCAUGAUUCCUUCUUAUUAGCCUGUGAUAAUAAAAUAGUUGAAAAGAAGGAAAAUUUAUUAAAAGAAUAUGAAUAUACAAAUGAUACUGAUUUGGGUGUUAACUAAAAAUUAGCAAUAUUAAAUAAUAAUUAGAUUUAUAUUCAUGAUUAAGAAAAGGUUUGCAAUUUAAAAGGAAAGUGUUUUAAAGUUGAUAAAAGCUAUCUGAUUAAAAAUAUAAAUCAUUUCAAUAUGGACCUAUUCUAAAUCUAAUUAAAAUCUACUGAAAGCAGUGAUAUAGAUUAUUUUGUUAAUAUCCCUUACAAUAUUUAUUAACUCAGAUCAUUUUAAAGAGACUGUCAAAUCUGUAGUUUGAAGAAUUAAAAUUGCCAACUAGACUGUUUCAACAGAAAGAAAUCUAGCCAAAAUACUACUUAGUAAUAUGAAAGCUUAAUGUACUUUGCAAUAUACUUUAUUCUUUCUAUUUUAGUCAUAACAGCAAUUGUUUGCUCUUUUCUUUUAAAUAGAGAUAAAAAAUCUUUUUAAGAAAUGAUUUAAACUGUCGCGACUUUUAAACAUCCAAUAGGUUUAUAAAAAAUAGAACUACCAUAAAUAUCUACAGAAAUAUCUUACUUAAAGUCUUGA